AUGGAUAAUUGUCUGACAAACAAUACAUACACACCAAGUGUAUUUACUGGUUCAACAUUAGUUUGGUGUUUAUUAAUGCCGUCGAUACAUUUUUUAAGUUUACUUUCUAAUAUAUUCUGCAUUAUUGUAUUUUGUUCGAACACAUUCAUUCAUAAACCUAUAGCGAUCUAUUUUAUUUGCUUACUAAUAAGCGAUUCAACGACGUUGCUAAUUGGUUAUAGUGAAAUGCUCGAUCGGCAAUCCGAUAUGGUUGAGAAAUCAUCUUUAUUAUGCACAUUGAAUGAGAAAAUCAUUCAUAAUUUAACUGAUUUUGUUUAUUCAUUUAUGGGAAAAUUUUGCCUUGAAUGGAUGCUGUAUAAAGUUUUAUGGACUCGUGCUUCAACGAUUUUACUUGCCAUAUUAAGUAUUCAACGUUCACGGACAUUUUUCUCACUAUCAUAUCGUGAAACACGCUUUUGUGCUGUUUUGGCUUGUAUAACUAGUGUUUUGAUUGCUUUAUUUAUAACUUGUUUUGAAUGGAUGGGUGUACAAUGCGGAAAAUCAACAGAUCCUUAUGUUUAUAUGGAAAUAUUUCAAUUAGUAAUGGAUAAUAAACAGGCAAAGGAAUUCUAUUCAAACUUUCUAUAUGAUCGUUAUGAUGAAUUAAUCGAUAAGUAUUAUUGUAUUUUUCAAACAUUAAAUAUCAAUCGGGGUAAUAGUUCAAUGUCAAGAGUAAAUCAGUCUCAUUGUUCAAUUACUCGAAGUUCAUCGGAAUUCUAUUCUCUGACUAAAUCAUUAGUGGCCAGUCGCGAUGCGCAAAUAUCUGAAAGCAUAGCAAAUUUAUUGCCGACCAUAUAUGAUUGCAAUUCGAAUUUAUCGAAUACAUCAGUUUUAUUUGAACAUUUUCAAAAAAAAACAUUGGCAGAUGUAUUCAUAGAAUUAUUUGAAGAUCGUUUAUGUCAAGUAACUUUAAUGUAUUCUGUUUACUUUAAAUUAUACGAUUUUCUUCAUUCAUUAUCAUUUACAUUUAAUCGUCAUAUGAUGGCAAUAUUUUUUGGUAAUGCAUUACCAUCGUUUAUAGUCUUUUUAGCAAAUUUAUUUUCCUUAAAAGUUAUUUAUUUUUCUCCAAAUCUAAAAUAUUUAAAACGUACGAAAGGAAAUAAUCACCAUAGAAGACGUUUACAAAAUGAUAUACGCGCAUUACUUGUCAUAUUAAUUGAGAGUUUUUCUAUCAUAACAAUAUCAUGGGGUAUACCAAUAUUUCUAACCAUGUUUUAUUGUCAUACAUUAUAUGUUGUUUCAAUAGCACAAUGUCCACAAAUAAAAGAUUCAUUAGCAUUAUUUCUUUUUACUGAUCUAUUUAAUUCAUCAACCAAUUGUUUAUUAUAUUCAUUGUCAGGAAAAUUAUUUCGACAUAAAUUUAUUUCAAUGAUUAAAGUUGUAUUUACAUGCGGCCGGUGUAUUUCGCGGAAUGUUAAAACACCCCCAUUGAAUUCGCCAUCACAACAACUAGAACGGCAAGCAUCAGAUGAGCCACCCGUUAAUUGUGCUAUGAAUUCAAGACGAAGAAGUAAUCCACACACUGAAGUUGUCUCACCAAAACCAUUGAAAAAAUCGAAACAUUUCUCGAAACAUCAACAAACCUUAGAGAGUCGUGGUUCAUUAUCUAUACCAAAUAUUGGUGAUGAAAAUCAAGAAGAAUUUGUUAGACAAAUUGAUUCUACUGAUAAAUUUCGAAGACCAAAAACCAUCAAGUCAUUUUUCCUAAGUAAAGUGCAUUGGUUUGGUUCAACAAAAAAAUAUCAAACGGAACUAACUGUAAAUUAUCGAACGAGAACAAGGACAAUUAACUAA